AUUCAGUUCUACUUUAUCGUGGCUGUGCGCAGAACACAGUGACUAGCAGAGGUCAUCCAGAGAAUAACUACAGUAUGUACAGUACCAACAGAGUUUGUAAUGACUGAAUAUUAAUAAUGCAUUGGAGAUGGAAAAAAUGUCACCGAUAGUAUGCAAACAGGAUGAGCUGCAGAUUAUUGUUCUUGGGUACAACCGGUCUGGCAAGACCGCAACGAUAAACACAUUCCUGGGAGUCGGAGCGUAUCAUCAGGGGGAAGGAGCAACACACUCCGUCAAGAGAGAGGGCGUGGUUGUGGGCAGGAAGGUGACUUUGAUUGACACUCCUGGAUGGUGGAGGUUUUUUUCUGCCACCCAAACCACAGAGUACAUCAAACGUGAGCUUGUGCUGAGCACCUCCCUCUGUCCACCCGGACCCCACGCCUUCCUCCUGGUGGUCAACCUCGACAAUCAGUUUACUGAAAAUGAACAGUCUUCAGCGGUGGAACACUGUGAGCUCCUGGGUGCAAACAUCUGGGAGCAUACCAUUGUCUUGUUCACCAAGGGGGAUUUAUUGACAGACAAAACCAUUGAGGAGCGUAUCAGGAACAAGGAUGAAACCCUUGAGUGGUUGGUGAGAACGUGUGGAUACAGAUAUCAGGUAUUCGACAACAAAACCAAAUGUGAUGAUCAAUCUCAAGUCAAAACACUUUUGGAUAAGAUCGAUGAACUGAUAGCCAGUAACCAUCACCGUCCCUUUGAGGUUGACCACAUCAAACUGAAACAUAUUGAAGAGGCAAAGAAGGCUGAUAAGGAACAAGGACUGAUAUACAAGCAGAGAGUUACACAACAAAGAAGGAAAAUCAAGACACAUGGAGAGGUGCUCCCUCUACCUGAAAUAAGAAUGUUACUGGUUGGAUUUGUGAUCUCUGGGAAGAGUUAUGCAGGAAAUAUCAUCCUAAAUGGGGAUCAUUUUACCCCUGGGAAAGUGACUGAGAAGGCUGAGAGACGACAAAGCAAAGUUUUUGGCCGAAAUCUCACAGUGGUCGACACACCUGGGUGGUGGAAGUUCCUCCCGACUAAGUACACUCCUGGACAGGUUAAGUUAGAGUUAGUGAGAGGAGUAGAACUUUGCGGGAAGUACCCUCACGCUUUCGCCCUCACUUUGCCGGUAGAGGUGUCGUUCCAUGAGGAGCAAAGACGUAUAGUUCAUGAAACAUUGGAGAUGUACCUGGGAGAGGAUGUCUGGAGACACACCAUAGUUCUCUUCACAUGGGGAAAACUGCUGAAAGACACCACCAUCGAGGAGGUUAUUGAGAGUGAGGGCAAAGCUCUGCAGUGGCUCGUCCAGAAGUGUGGAAACAGAUAUCACGUCUUUGGUGAGAGAGCGCAGGGUAGCAACCAGGUUGAAGAGCUGCUGGAGAAGAUUGCAGAGAUGGUGGCAGGGAAUUGUGUGCAUUGCCCUAUGAUGGCCCCUCAAACAAACAUAGAAACAAAGGCCAAAAGGCACAAGGACGACAAUGAUGUUGCAUCCACAGAUGAUGUUAGUAAUGCACUGUACAGAGAAUGGUUGGGACGAGAUGAGAAGAUGAUUAAGGAGGUCCAGAAGAAGUGGGACGCUGUUACGUCAGCAUGCAAACAAAAAACAAACAGAAGCAUGGAAAAACCAGUUGAAUUUCAAGGACAACCACAAACCAUGGACACUAUCAGCCAUAGUGAAACCUCCCAGGAAAAUCCUUCUUCCAGUACACUGGCAAAAGAUGAAUUGCAGAAUGAUAAGAAUAACCAGAGCAUUCAAAGACAGCAGUCAGAUGAUGAGACGCUUGCAAGUCAUUUGAAAGAUCUGCUGGAUUAUGAAUGGAGACGGCGGGACUUCAUAGUCAACGAGACUGUCCGUGAAGCAGUAAAGGAACUUAAACUUGAAAGUUCAUCUGAGCCAGAUCCAAAGGAGCUGAGGGAAUCCAGGGACAAAGUCGUGGACUGGUUACUGAAAAGCUCUGGCUAUGGUUCCUACAUGAGUGGCUCCCAAGACCUUUUAAACGUCGAUGACAAGGACAGCUCAGACUAAAAACACAGUACUGCAUUGUAUGUAAUCACUAAUGCAUAAUUGGCUAUAUUUGGCUAUUGUCAUGAUAUGUGAGGACAGUCCUAACUGGAAUGGAUUUAAAGUUUUUAUUUCAGAGUUGCACAGUUU